AUGGAACUUACCAAGAAAGUUGAUGACGCGUCGGUCGACCGCGAUGUCACGGAUCGACGGGCCGGUGCUCCGAUUGUCUUUUCUACCACUUCCGCACUGAAAUGGCAUUUAGGUAAACUGGAGCAAAAGUAUGCAAGAUCUCAGCGCGAAUUAGCUGAUAUUUUGGAAGAGCGUGAUAGGUACAGAGAAAAGUAUAAUGAUGUGAGAAUAGAGUUGGUAGAGGCGCAGACACGGGAAGAAAGUGCUCGGUGCGAAAUCCAAGACCUUAGGAGGCAACUGAGGCGGUAUCAUGAAGAUGCUGGUGUAGGAAACGUGCCAAACGACUUGAAUGCCGCAAUCCACGCGGACGGUUCCAACGUCCUCGUUAAGCAAGACAAGGACAAUGAAAUUGUGCUGCAUUCUCCUGCAAUCACAUCACGCACGACAUUCAAAGCCAUCUCAUCAGCUCUGCAGACUAAACCGCAGCCUCUGAUAGUGCCCGUGUCUUCUCUUCCGAGGACACCUCCGCCAUCACAGCCACCUUCUGCGCACAGCUCUCCCGUCGAAGUGAAACCGUCUAUCCGUCGCAGGCUAUAUGUGGAGAUACCAGCGUCCCCUCGGUGUUCCACUUCUUCGAGAGAUGUAUCCAAUGGUGACUUGUUUGGUCAAAGAUGUAAGCUGAAACGUACGAUUUCAAUCCCUUCAAGUAGAUCUACCAAAAGAAGGCACUCUCCUACCGCUGAAAAACAUAUUUUACCCAAGAAUAAGAAAGAUAAAUCCACUUUUAUUCCGCCCCAAGCACUCGUCACCUCGCUCAUCUCCAGCAUACCGUUAUUCACCGUUGAUCCUCCACCUCAUGCACGCUGCAUCGUUACUCGCCGCCUUUUACUGGAGAAGUACAGUGUGGCAUCCCGAGCAUUCUUGGGAUAUCUCAAGCCUAGUCAAACUUCAUCUCUCAGCGGGCGGAUGGUUGUCUUGCCUCAGAAAAGAUAUAAUCCAGCGUUACCUUCCCAGCCGGGAGCACAUGGAUUAUUGUUUUCGGUGCGACAUCAUGUUGUGGGUCAGACCGUCGCACUCUUCGUCAAAGAAGGAACUCAAGCACUGUGGACUUACUAUGGUGAGUAUAAGGACGUCCUCUGUGGUAAGGUAACGGGGCAGGUGUUCAUGGACCAGGCCGAAGAGGUGAAACAAGACUGGGCUCAAAAGAUUCUAGUCCAGAAAUCUGAUGAGUACCUUUCUGUGAAAGCGAGGGUCAGCUUGCGAAAGGACGGGCAAUCCAUCAAUGACUCCAAUGUCAAGAACGAGAUGGAUCGGCUGAAGACAAUGCCGAAGAACGUUCAGAAUCUAAAAACUAGAGAUGUCAUUGACGCUCUAGUUCGUGGAGAUGAAGGUCUAGAAAUCAUUCGGUUAGAAUGCGUGGGAUUUGACCAUUCAUUGGUGGAGGAUAUUAGAAGAGAAGGGCUUUUUCGGAAGGCAUUCGAGGGACCUUUACCAGAACUCACAGAAUCCGAAUCUGAAGACGAUCGCAUAAUUUCCGUUGAAGCAUAA